GGUCUAUGCCGCGGCAUGCGAAUGUUUGGAUUGGGUAGGUUCACGUCGCUUUCCCGCACACCGUCAGUGUGACAUUCGUGAGUGCAACGUGACACCCGUGGACUGGCAGCGCGCUCGCACGCCUCGAGGGUCUUCGAUCAUUUUCCACUCCUCCUUCUUUCUUCAUUUUCCUCUCACGCGAAUGGCAAAGAGUACGAGCGGCUUACACGCGGCAAGUUUCAAGACUAUAUUCAAUCACAGUAAGGCGCCAUGAAGGAGGUCCAGGAACAACAGCAGCCCGAGUCAAUGGAAUCCAACGAGUCAGUUUCCGGCUCGAAUGAAUACGCCUAUCGACCUCUCACGACGAAGCACAGACGGGCCGGGAGCACCGGAACAACCGGCGAUGAGGAAUACACCACGGAUGAAGAUGAGCUUUACACGGACGAAGCUGAUUGCGCCACGCUACAUCCGCCUCAUCCUAUUCUCAAAUCGGACCUCGCGAGGGCAGCUACGGACCUCUUCGGUUAUGCCACAAAAUGCGAGGACGAGGAUGAAGAGCCCACUAGUCUAUUCGACGAGGAUGAUAACAAGUUCCUAGGUGAUAGUUCCAAUUCAACCAAAACUACUCCACUAUUCGCAUACAACGAAAAGUUGCAAGGUGUCCUGUCGCGACAUCGAAACUUAUCAGAAGAGAAGAAGUCCGUGAAAUCCUGCGAAAAGUUAAAAUCUCACGAGUCGGAAGUCUUGGAAUCUCAAGCUCAAUGUACGAAACCUUUGGAUUUUCGGUUGAGCGAAGAUGACUCUGUGAGAGAAACUGCCGAUGAGAAACUCGAUACGGACUUGAAAAAGGAGAAGUCCUUUGAAACAACAAAAAGACUCUCCCUCUCUAAAAAUACGCAUCUAGGAGAAUCAUCAAAGCAAGAAUUGUGCGUUCCUAAAAAGACUAACGGUCCGCCAUCGCCUACUACUCUGCAAUGGGGAAGAGCAGUGGCUGAAGUAAAAGAGCAUGCAGUGGCCAAAUUGCAAGAAGAACUUAAAAGAGCUCAUGAAGAAUUAAAAUUAAAGGACGAAGAAGUAGCCAGACUCUCGCGGAUCAGACAGGAUGUAGAAGCCGAGCUCGAAGAACUCACUGCCAGUCUCUUUCAAGAGGCACAUAAUAUGGUUCGAGAAGCUAACGUACGUCAAGCGACAGCGGAACGUCUUCUGGAGGAGAGCCGCAUGAAAUCGGAAGUGCUCGCAGCUGAAGUAGCAGCUUUGAAAACUUUGGUGCUUACAUCUACACCGUCAAGGCCCAAUCCUCAUUUGCAUCCUCAAAUUGACACGAAGGGACGCGUUAGUAAUGGGGAGGAGAGCCAGCAAGGGCUUUUCACAAAAAAACAUCGGAGGUCGCCGUCGCAUUUUAAUUUAAAAUACGGUCGCGAGAAUUCGCCGCCUGAAUCACCUGUGAAAGAACAAAGGCCGCCUCUACCAAUCGACAAGGAGACUCUUGAAAGAGAUUGGAAGCGUGAGCGUGAGAAGGAGAAGGAAAAGGAAUGUAAGGACUUCGGUCUGGAAGUUGAUCCAAGAGUGCAUACUGAGUUUCUGAGGUGGAAAGCAAAUCCCUGCGUCGACAAAAGUGAUCCCUUCGUUGGGAGGGUAUUUAGGGAGGAUAUCGACCUCUGCUUGGAUUUCCCAAAUAAAGAAUUGGGGGCUAGGGUCAGACAAGCCGUUUUGGAUGGUAUCAUAUUUAUCGAGGCGGUCAGCGAUAAAACAAAACUUGCUUUUCCCAAAAAAUGUGCACUAUUGGAAACACCACGGCAAUGCCAUUAUCGUAUGCGGCUCAGUGAUCAAGAAAACCAAUGGCACUGCAUUUCGCAGAUAUGUCGCAAUCGAAUCAUAGCGGUAUGUGAUUUUCUUAAUUAUCUAAGAUACGUUGAGCGUGGUCUCGUCAAAAGUUCAGUUCAUGAUGUUUACUGGGAGAUCACGCGGUUAAGAAGAGAAAUGGUUUUUGCACGAUUGGGUUUAGCAUUGUCGUCCUGAGGUUCGCGUAGACGAGACGUCAUCUAGUCUCGAAUCAAUUUUGGGCAGGAUUUAUUGUUCGAAAAUAGAAUCGAUUCGUGGAUUGUGCAAAAUCAUUUCAUGACACUCUCGUCGAUUCGGCCUUUUGCACAGUGAAGGGAAAGAUGCAAUGUUGUAAUUUAUCCUUGAGAUAUGUACGGGAUGUCUGAUUCCUAUUGAUACAUCGCUUGUAUAACGAGUAGAGUGAGUCAAACUGAGUAGAAAAGUCUUCUACCAUUUUAUGAUUUUCAGAAUUAGUAAUGAGUUAAUUACUAAAGAUCACAGAAUACGGCGAGAUAUAUAGACGUGAAGUCUACAAUUAACAGAACAUUUGCUUAUAGUGCAUAUCUCCAAACAUUUCAUUGCAUUUCUAUCGCAAACGCGUGUUGGACGAUUGUAUUUCGUCAAGCGUUUGCAUUGGCCGACAGAUCGGGCGCGCUUAUUCUACGAUUUUAAUAACUCGUUAAUAAUUACGAAAAUCGCAAAACAGUAGAAGACUUUUCUGCUUUGACCUGCACACAAGCAGUGUACUAUUAGAAAUCAGAUAUCAUGUAUAUCUGAAAUCUCUCUAAUUCUAUAAAGUAAUUCUGACGAUAAUAUAACGUUUCUAAGAAAUUUACGUGUUAUAUAUUUAGAAAAUUAUACUGUAUGUUCAUAAAAAAUACGUAUGAUAUAUUCGUGAAUCUUCCAUUUUUGGUUAUAAAUAUUUUACAUGUAGUAUGGAUAAUCAAAUUAAUUCAUGCAUAUAUCAAUGCUCAUUUCUAGUUUUACAAAGAUAGAUGCAGAUUUAGAUUUCAUAUUAAUUUUGCAAUAAAAUAUUUUCGUGCACGUAAAUUUUUUUCAUCUAUAACAGUUUCUUUUAUAUAAUUAUUUGCGAACAAGCUGUAAAAUGACAAUGUAGCUGAUUAUAAGGCUGUGAAUGAUCUUGACAUGCAGAUCAGACAUUGUCGAUGGCUCUACUAGAGAAAUGUAAAUAACAGAAGAAAUUUUUGAGAUAUUGUAUCAUGUUUUUUGAAGUUUAACUGGACAUCGUCGAACUUAUUGUUAGAUUCAUGUGAAUUAUAAGAGUUCAAGUUUUGGAACUGUUAUUCCAUGAGAUAGUUAAUGGUUAACAAUCAUAUUAUAUAUAUGAGAUCACUCGAUUCACAUCGUGGUUUGAUAUUAACAUUGAAGAGAAAAAGAAAUUAUACUUAACUAAUUAUUUACAUGUGAAUAUUUGUAUUUUUGUUACAAAUCAGUUUUUUAUUUGUCGUCAUGCAUUGUGAGAAUAAUUUUGUUAUUUUGUUAUGUUAAUUUAUCGAUGUUAUAUGUUGUGUUAGUCCUUAAUCUGAUUAAUAAUUUUUACUAAAUCGGCUACUGAUUAUAUAAAUAUAUUAAAAUUCUGAAAUAUUUGCAUCGUUAUUAAAAAAUAUAAAAUUGUCUAAACUUCCAAUUAAUUAAUACUCAUUGUAAAUCACGAUGAUGACUGCAUUAUUAUCACUCAUACAGAAGAGCUACAUCUGUGUGGACCAUAUAAAAAUCUCCAAAUUCUUCGUGUAAAUAAAACUUGAAACUUCUCUCUCUGUUAUAUUACGAUUCUAUAUGUCUAUCAUAAUGCGUCCGGUUAUACGGACUAUUAUUUGUUUUUACUCUAAAUAUUAGUAUGACAUAUUGUAAGUAAUACAUUCUUUCAUAGAGAUUAUAUAAAUAUGUCAAUCAAAGCUGACGGUUGUGUCAGUUCUAUGUAUCUUGUGGUUGUAUAUAAUAUAUAUUUUGAAUAUAUAUUUUGUUUACGAAAAAAAUAUUCUUAACUCUAAAUUUCGAUAUACUAAUUAAUUUUUUUUCGAAGCAAAUAUUUGCGGCAAUUGUCUGGUCAAUUCACUCGAUAAUUCGAAGCAUCGAAACUGUAGAAAUGAAUAUAGAUAGUUACUUUGGCACUGCGAAGAUUUGAUGAUUCUUCUUGUCUCUCUGUUGUCUUCCAUCAUUUAUCGCGCUUUAUAUAAACAUCGAUACGAAAACAAUUAUGUAGUUGGUUCGCCAUUUUUUGAAUUAUGCCAAAUGCAUAAGCCAACGAUAAAAAAAAUAUAACGUUCCCUAAAAUGUUACGGGAUAUAGUGAAAGACUUCUUGUAAGCAUUUCUUUUGUGAAUAGAAAACAUGUUAAUUGUAUAUCAAAUGUAAAUAGAGUCUUCUAACAUUACUUGAGAUCGAACUUGUAAUU